AUGAAGAUGCCUGUUCAAAAAGCUAAUAAAAAAGUUUAGACAGAUUAUGAUGCUGCUUUCCUCAUUGAGAUUGAGAGGCAAACUAGGUUAGCAACCUUAGAAUAAACAAAUUAAUAGCCAAUUAAUAAUAAUUUCUAAAAGAGUUAAUAAUUCCAGACUCUUACUGGCACCAAUUCAAUCAAAAAGGAAUAAUUGGAUUAAAACUCCUCUGAUAACAGUGAAGAGGAUAAUUUAGCCAAUGAUACUUCCUUUAUGAAUUAGUCUGUUUUCUUUAACAACUCAAGUGUCCUCAGAAGAGAAAUCUAGAAUCACAUUCAAAGCAAUAAUGAAACUAGACAAAAGUAAAAAGACGAUAACAUUAAUGAAAUGAAUUCUAAAGCUUCUUUAGAAUCCAUCUUUAGCUCAAAUUACUUUUCUACUCCAAUUUAAAGUUAAACUUAGGAAGAUAAGAUAAAACCAGCUCAAUAGAACUUUCAAACUAUUAAUUAAGGUUUUUAUGGCAAAAGUUUAAACUCUUACCAGCCUUUUAUGUUUGAAAAGUCCUAUUAGCCCAAUUAAGUCAAUGGAAACCCUUUCUAAUUGAAUCAAAACAUGGCCUAGCAAUAUCAGCAGCAACUUAAUUAACAUUAAUAGCAAUAAUUUUAAGCAAACUAGUUCAUGAGCGUAGUAUUUGGACAUAUAAGAGUGGAGUGUGAAUAAAUAUUAAAUCAGGUCUGUGCCAAGAUUUUUCAAAACAAGGAAUAUAAUCAGACUAGUGUAGCCACUCAAAUAGGUCAGACUAAUGAAGAAGCAAUAAAGCAUUUGCUUAAUAAUAAUCAAAACUUCAAAUACAUGGUAGUUACAUCAGUAAUGUAAAAGAAGGCGGCAGCAAGUGAAACAUUAGACUUCACUUCCAGUUGCUUUUGGAACUCAAGCACUGAUGGAUAAACUGCCAUUAGAUGGGAAAAUGAUCACUUGUAUGUUAUAAUUACUCUGUUUUCCUGUGCACUUUGA